AUGACCAACCAUUCACUGAAGAAAAGAACAAAGUGUGUUAUUGGAAGGGUCCAGGCUGCUAUGAGUUACUGCUGCUUGACAGAUGAUACAUGUGAGCCCAGCGAGCUGUUUGCUCUUCUGCAAGAGUUAGAUCGACGCUAUUUCCUACUGCAAGACUUUCGUUGGGAAUUUGCCCUAUUAGACAGGCACCAAAAUGAUUUAAUCACAGAAGAUCAAGCAAGGUUCAUGUUUGAAGCCAUACAUGGCAAGUUGUUCUCCAAGCUUCAGUGGGAGAGGUUUCUGAAGAAUCGACCAGUUCCUGGAAGUGGUAUCAGCUUUGCUGAGAUUGAGGUGGAUUUGUGUAACAUCCCAAGCAGAGCAGAUAUGGCAUAUGAAGAGAUGGAGGAACACAGGCAAAAAGAAGAGAAAGCCAAGCAGAUAGAGCAGAGGAAACAGGCAGAGGAACAGGCUCGACUUGAAAGACUGGCCAAGAUGAAGGCAGAUCAACUCAACAAGGAAGAUGAAAUAAGGAAAAAGAAAUCCGCUGAGAAAAAGAAGGAAGAGGAAAUGAAGAAAGAGAGAGAAGACGAACAAAGAAGAAAAUUAGAGGAAGCACGGGGAAAGAAGGAGGCAGAGGAAAGGGAAAGGGAAGAGGAGGAGAGACGGAAAAAGUUGAAACUAGAGGAAGAGAAGGAACGGGAGAGACAGAGGGAACUAGAGAUCAUUGAGGUCCAGCAGGCCUUAGAAGCACAGAAAGAGGUAGAAAGAAAGGCCAGAGAGCUACAGGAACAAGAGAAAAAAGAACAAGAGUUGGCCAAGAAUGCAGAAGAAGAGGCAGAGCUUGCAGUAGCAAGAGAGAAAGAGGCUUUAGAGGAAGCUAACCGAGCCAAGGAAGCCAUCAAGAAUGCGCAAGAUGCUGCUGCCAAGAAAGCUGCAGAGGAAGCUGAAAGAGCAGCUAGGGAGAAGGUUAAACGUGAACGUAACGAGCGUAUCCGCAAGGACCUGAAGGUGGCAAUUAAGCAGAAAGAUCGCAUACUGCUCACGAAGUCUGUGGAUGAGUUCAAGAAAGCCAAAUUAGCAGACACAGAUGGAGAUCUACACAAAGCAGAGAAGAUACUCACUCAGUUCAAAGCCAAAGAUGACCUGCUGAAAGCCAUGGAACACCGUAACCUAGAGGAGUUAGAAAAGGCUAUUGACUUUGUCAAGAAGUACUCGCUGGAAGGUCACAUGCCUCAAGAAAUGGUGCGAGCCAACAAAAUGCUCCUUGGUCUCAAGCGACUUAAGCGUCUGAAGGAUGAGAUUCUGAACCUCAAGCAGAGCACAGUGGCUGAAAUUCGCAGCUACAACAAACCACCAAGGGCUGUCCACAUGGUCAUGAUUGGCACUUAUUUGUUGCUAGGCAACAAGGAAAGCACUCUAAAGGAUUGGAAAGGAAUGCAAGCUUUGGUUGGUAAGACGGGCAAGGACGGAUUGAAGCGUCGUGUUCUGCAGUGUGAUCCUACCAAGAUUUCUGUUGCAGCAGCCGAACGAGCAAAGAAUCUAUUGGAGGAGUUUGAUCUGGAGCAAGUCAGAGAUGUGAGCGCUGGAGCUGCAGUGUUCUAUGCUUGGGCCUCAGCUACCAUAGAAGAAGUAAAAGACAUAGCCAGACAGAAAGAGGAAGGACUUAAGCCAGCGGCUCAUCAAGGUGGGGCCAAGACACUUAAGCAUGAGCUGCAGUCUGGAACACUUACCAUUACUAUAUGAAGGUUGAUGCAGUGCAAAAUGCCUAUGGUACAAUUUCAAAUGGACCGGACAUCUUGUCCACUCCAGUCUAGUCCACUUUGAUAAUGGUGACCUUCUAUGCUGAUUUUUAAGAAAGAUGAUUCCUCGCUUCUAAACUGGGUAUAAUUUGAUAACAGAAUACAUGUAGUUCACAGCCAGCUGAUAGUACUGGACAAAGACAGAAGUGUGGUUGGAAAUGAUUCCAAAAGUGUCCUUUGCUUGUGGGUUAAUGUUAUAUUUCUGUGAUAACCUUUCUCCUUUCCUGUUAAAAAUUAAUUGGACAUGCUUAUCUGUAGGAUGAUAUGACAUGCCAGAAGCAAAUUGAAAAACUCUAAUCAAAUUCAUUGUGAAAUAGUCUGCAUUCUGUCAAACAACCUAUGCCGAGGACACCUAUCCGAAUACUAAGCGAUUUAAUUUCCAUGACUGAAAGAACUUCCAUAGAUUUUUAUAUUUUACCGUCUUAAUUUAUAAGGUUUGUUGCAUUAAUUUCAAGAUGGUGUUGCUCAUUUACAAUAUCAAAUAACACAGCAAUGCACUGUCCAGAAUUAGAGCAUUACAGUUAUCGGUGAUUGGCCGUUCCUGCGUUAGAUGUUAUAAUAAUUAUGUAAAACACAAAGGAGGAAGAUUUUUUCCCAUCUCUUUUCAGUGUGCACAUGCUGGUUGUUAAAUGUGAAAUAGGAUGGGCUUGGGUUUACCUACAGUCACAGGCCAAGAGGCCUUCAACUCUUGUACAUUUAAUUUUUUGGUUUAAGAUUUCAUGUAUAAUGAAUUUAUUUUUGGAGGUAAUGAAUCAGAUAGAAAUUCACAUUCCCUUUUGAUAUUGAUCUGAUUUAAAUGUGCGGUCUUUUAAUAUUGAGUGUGUGUAAAUAUUUUACAAAGGAAUUUAUUGUAAUAUGUAGCAAAUAAUCAUAAAAAAUUCUGUCCAAAACAUACAGUAUAAAUGCUUGCAGUGUUUUGUACUUUUUUAUGACUGAUUAUAGGGCGGUUGCAUAUGUGACAUGCAGGAGUGGAUCUCAUUGAGUAUUGUCACAUUUGAUGUUUGUAUAAGAUUGUUUUCCAGAAGACAUUCAGCAGUGAAACUAAAUGAUGUGGCAUGUAGGAAGCAUUUUGUAAGCAGGUUGGUUUAGUAAUCAUUGUAUGACAUCAGAAAUUAACAUCUAAGACUUAACCUGGCAAAAUUAGUAUUUAAAUGCCUUUAAAUGAAUCUUGUGCAGUGUGAAUUAAAAGAAACCCUUAGCAUUUUUUACCAACAUGACAAGUUUCAUAUGAAAAGGGUGCCAAACUGAAUGAUACAUCAAAUCAAAGAGCUGUUUGUUCUGUCUUCUGCUAACUAAAACAAAAUUAUUGACAAAAUUACCAUACAAUUCAUUUGUAAGACCUGGCCAGAUAAACGUGUUCAUUACAAUGAACUAGUUUGUUAUUUCCUGAAAGCAAUGUCUUUCAGGAUACAGCAUGUGUGUGAGUUGGCCUAUGGCAGCACUGACAGGACAUACUAUCACACAUGCUGCUGUUUCUGAACAGCCUUGGAUGAAUUUUAGUUUGGACAUGCGCUGUUGGAAUGCCAAACUGGAUCAUUAUUUUCUUGUGCCUUGUAUUUGUAAGUUGUAAUGAUUAUUCUAAAAUAAGAAUAUUGCACUUCAGACAAGAAGAUAAACCUUUGGGUGAGGUGCUAUUCAUUUUCCUGGGCAAGUUUUAGUUUCUGUGACAAGUUCAUUCAUACACAGCCAGAUUUGCAAUGUUCUUAUGAAGCUUGUCUAAGUAAGAUUUACUUUCCACAAUUCUGGGCAUUCAGUUUAAUUUUGAGGUACUGGGACCCCAGCUACAUGCAGUGGCCCUCUACAUUGCUGGUGUGGCAGCAGUACAGGAACUACAAGUAGCUAUGGAUGGUACAUUGUCUUCAAUGUGUAGGCUGGCAGGUCCCUUGCACUAUGCCAGUGGGUGAUCUCAGGAAUGCAUGCAGGACCUGGCCUCUGUGUUUUCCUUGAAUUCCACAGAUAUAUCACAGGUUAGCAGUUAUUACCUGUGACGUUUUGGUUCUUGUUAUUUGGGGGUAAGCAUUAGUAACCCACUCUGUUGAAGUUUGUCUUGUUUUCUAAUUAAUUGUCUUAGGGGACAGCAGUAGUGAUCCCCAUUUCUUGUUCAUAUUUAUAUAAUUUUGUCUGUAGAAUGCCAGCAGUGGCAACUUCUCUGAAUACAGUUGUAAUCAGCAGUUGUGUAAGAUGUGUUUGUUGAAAAUGUCUGCAGAUACUCCGGUAGAUACACAAGGACACAUAUAAGGGCUGCCAACAAACUGUUUUGUUUCUUUUGGUGUUGGUUUGGUUGGUGGGUUGGUCGGUCGGUUGGUUACAAAAGUAUGGCCAGCUAGCUCUCAGUUUUUUUGGUGGCUUUUCAAACUGAUAAAAAAAAAUUCCAUUUGCUUUUUCUUCCCAUUAGAAAUUGACAAAUCUAGUAUAUUAAAUGUAUUUAUUUCAUUUCCUGUCUUGUUUGGUAUAUGUAUGCCAUUAAAAGUGUAACCCUGGCCCGAUUUAGGUCCAGGUUACUAGUUACA